AUGGUGUUGAUCGAAACCUAUAUUACGUUGAGUAUAGUUACGAUCGCACUUCGUAUUCCACAUUUUUUGAAUGGGAGUGGUGAUAGUGGAGUUGAUAUUGGUGAAACGACCGACCUCACGACGACCGCUACUACAUUCCUCACAGAGCACGAUCUGUCAGCGGCAUACCUAUUCAACAGUACGUAUGUAGUUGAUUCAACGAUUCGCGAGAUUGCCAAGUCACAUGUCAACCUAGCGGUUGCAGUCAACACUAUCUUCACAGUGUUCCUUCUCUUUGGAAAAGUCGUUCAAUAUUUCUUCUUUGGAAAACUACGUGAAAUCGAAGAGCGAAAUUUUAGAGAAAGAUUCUUUCUCUAUGUAGUCACUAAAUUCUUUAUAUUCGCAGUCAAAGAUCACGAGUUAAUAUCGACAUUGGAAUGGGGAUUUUGGUUUGGUAUUCAAUGUUUUCUUAAAUUAUUUUCAUUAUUAUCAAGAGAUAGAUUCGAAUAUUUAAAUACAUUCUCACCAAAUACUCACGCAAAGAUACAUUUUAAACUAUUAUUUCUACUUGUAUCGAUAUUAUUAUCGGAUCUAUGUUGUUUCUAUAUAUCCACCACGCGAUUCUUUAACUCUGGUCUCUCCAAUAUAUUAAUUCUAAAUUUUGAAUUCUUUACGAUCUUUUUUGAAACUAUACAAACUUUAGUUAAAUACUCUAUACAUCUAUUCGAUAUGUCACAUACAGGUGUCUGGGAGAUGAGAGGACAAUACGUUUAUUUUGCAGAGUUUGCUACCGAUUCUAUUAUUCUUGCUGGAACAUGUUUUCAUUUAAUACAUAUUGUUAUUAUACAAGGAAUGCCAACAUUGUUGGAUCUAGUAUUGUUUAGUUAUUUCAAAGGAGUAUUCACAGAACUCAAGAGAAAGAUUAUAGGUUAUAGAAACUAUUGUAAACUAGUAGAGGACAUGGAGAAUAAGUAUUUGAAUGCAACCGAAGAGGAGCUAGUUCGAUACAACGAUGACUGUGCAAUCUGCAGAGACAAAAUGGAUACUGCUAAAAAGUUACCGUGUGGUCAUAUUUUCCAUCAAUCUUGGUUAGAACAACAGACUUCAUGUCCAACAUGUAGAAGAUCACUUAUGGAGUUACAAUCGGAUCAACAGGAACAAUCGUUGGCAGUAAACUCUGAUGCUGAGGGUAUCAGAGAGAUGUUCCCACAGAUACCAUUGGAAUAUAUCAUAACCGAUCUAUCUCUAACAAACAGUGUACAAGAAACAAUUAACAAUAUCUUGGAAGAAAGAAUAAGAGCACCACCCCCAUCACAAUCUGACGUAUCAUCAUCUCCAUCCUCCUCAACAACAACAACCAAUAUAAAUGAAUUAGAAGAUAAUAAAAAUAUAGAUAAUAAUAAUAAUAAUAAUAGUAAUAAUGAAAAUAAUAAUAAUAGUUUAAAUUCAAUAACAAACAACAACAAUAAUAAUAAUAAUAAUAAUAUAUUAAAUAGUGAUUCUACAGAUAGUAAGAAUCUCAAUGAAGAAAAUAAUAUAAAUACUUGUACACAAUCAAAUAGCAGCAGCAGCAACAAUAAUAAUAAUAAUAUUGAAAACAAAGAUAAUGAAAACACUAUUGAUAGUAAAUCAUCAUCCUCCUCAAAUCCAACACAUUUUAGUAAACCAGCUGAUAAAUUUGCGGAUUCAUUUAAAUCCUCUCCAGAGGCAAGACAAAAUAGUUUAAUGUUACGUAAAAAAAUGAUGUUGGAAGCAUCAAGGCGAUUAUUUUUAGAAGAAAUGGAUCGUGAAGAUCAUAAUAAAAGAGACAAUAGUUAG